GGGCAUAAUAUCGCCAUCGCUAUCCUGCCGGAUAGAGAGUAUAGUACUACCUUGGCGGCAGUGGUAGUACGGGAUCUUAUCUAUAGCUUUCUAAAUGUGUGUAUUAGGUUAAUAGUGGGCAUUAGGGGCGGCAUACCUAGCUUAAAGUAUGGUAUAUAUCUUAGCGAUAUGAUAGCUAUAAGCUCCCUUAAGAGCACCUAUAAGCUA